AUGCUUGAGGACAAGCCGGACGUAUUUGUCAUCGAACUGGGUUGGAACUUCCAGGCCCGAAUGCAACAACUGGACUCAGAGUUGAAGCUCUUCUGGGGGCCGCUCUUCAAAGCUUUGCUCCCCAGCUUCCGUGGGAAAGUGAUACUUUGCCUGGGGCCCGUAAGCCCUUUCAAUGCUCGUAUCUGUGAAAGAGAGUGUGGCAUCAGUCGGGCCCGCGCGCGGAAUGCAAUGAGCUCCUUAUCGAAGCUCUUGGCUUCAUGGCCAAGCGACAUUCGGAAUGCAUCCCGGGGCAAGAUUGUCAUGGUCGAUCCGGCUUUCAUGGCGCUUCCCAUGUUCUUCGAUGGAGAGACGGAUAUGGUCCGCAAGACCUCGUCGCAACAUUGGCAUCGUUACGACCGGGAGAAGUCGCCUGGGCGGAAGGUUUUUGGCGUCGUUGCAGAAACUCUUGGCCAACUGUUUCUCUCAGAGCUCUUGAAGCUCUGCGGCAUCCGGAGCAUCCCUUUUUUCUACUUCGAACCAGCGCGAGGUGACCCACACGCAGGCUUGCGCACAGUGCCCGGUGACAAGCUGCUGUCCCUGGCGGAGCUGUGGGCAAAUGGAAGUGAAAAUGGCAUAGUGCUGGCGAGCAUAGGGCAUAGCUGCCUUGCCGGCAGGGCGACACCAGGGGAGAGAGCUGCACAGAUGGCGAAGAAGGCGAAGGACCUGCCGCCGCCGAAGCGUGGGAUCCUUUUAGAGGAUGUCAACCUGCGUUAUUCCCGCAGCAGUGGUCCAGGAGGGCAGAACGUGAACAAGGUGGAAACACGUGUGCAAGCGAGUUUCGAUGUAGAUGCUGCCAACUUCCUCCCCAAAUGGGUGAAGGAGAACUUGAGAAAGCAAGAGGCGUCACGCUUCAACAAAGACGGCAUUCUCAUGGUAGACGCCGAGGAGCAGCGAACGCGACAAGAUAACACGCGGAUCGUAAUGCAGAAACUGCAGGCCAUGAUCGACAAGGCGGCGCUGAAGCCGAAGAUGCCUGACAAGGCGAAGGUGAACAAGAUGAAGAAGAUAAAGAAAGCCGCGAACGAGAAGCGGCUGCACGACAAGAAGCUCAAGAGCCAAGCUUUGCGAAAGAUGCGCGAGCGCCGCGCAAGCUUUGAUCGCUACUGA